AUGCGCCAGUGCCCAAGUGACGGCGGGAAACAGAGGGGGGAGGGGAGUUUGAGUUGUACAUUAGGAACCGAGCGAUUCUGAACUUGGCCCGAGAACCCUUGGACGCCGGCCGCAAGGCUGAGAAGCUGCACCCCUCAACUCCGCUCCGAAGCAGGCGCUGCGCUCUACUCCUGCGCGCUUGCUUUCCGUCUUGACCCCUGGAAACACCUGCGCCUUCAGGUGGCUGCUGCUGCAACGGUAGCUACCAUGCAUAAGGGCAGUGGAGCGGACAAGCUGGCAGAACUCUUCCAUCUGAUCCCGGACCUCCUGGAGGUGGCCAACACGAGUGGCAACGCGUCGCUGCAGCUUCAAGACUUACUGUGGGAGAUGGGGCUGGAGUUGCCAGACGGAGCGGCGCCAGGGCACCCCCCAGGCAGCGGCAAGGCAGAGAGCACAGACGCAGAGGCCUGUGUGCGGAUUCUCAUCAGCGUAGUGUACUGGGUCGUUUGCGCUCUGGGGUUGGCCGGCAACCUGCUGGUGCUCUACCUGAUGAAGAGCAAGCAGGGUUGGCGGAAAUCCUCCAUCAACCUCUUUGUCACCAACCUGGCGCUGACGGACUUUCAGUUCGUCCUCACCCUGCCCUUCUGGGCGGUGGAGAACGCGCUUGACUUCAAAUGGCCUUUCGGCAAAGCCAUGUGUAAGAUCGUGUCCAUUGUGACUUCCAUGAACAUGUACGCCAGCGUCUUCUUCCUCACUGCCAUGAGUGUGGCGCGCUACCACUCGGUGGCCUCCGCUCUUAAGAGCCAUUGGACCCGUGGACAUGGCCGAGGGGAGUGCUGCAGCCAGAGGCUGAGGGACAGCUGUUGUUUCUCCGCCAAGGCACUGUGCGUGUUGAUCUGGGCUUCAGCCACGCUGGCCUCGCUGCCCAAUGCCAUAUUCUCCACCACUGUCAAGGUGAUGGGCGAAGAGCUGUGCCUGGUGCGCUUCCCGGACAAGUUGCUGGACCGGGACAGGCAGUUCUGGCUGGGCCUCUACCACUUGCAGAAGGUGCUGCUAGGCUUCGUGCUGCCGCUGGGCGUUAUCAGCCUGUGCUACCUGCUGUUGGUGCGCUUCAUCUCCGACCGCCGCGUGGUGGGGACCCAAGGAGGGGCCGCAGCAGCCGGCGGAGGCCUGGCUGCAGCCAGUGCCCGAAGACGGUCCAAAGUCACCAAAUCAGUGACCAUUGUGGUCCUGUCCUUCUUCCUGUGUUGGCUGCCCAACCAGGCGCUCACCACCUGGAGCAUCCUCAUCAAGUUCAACGCAGUGCCCUUCAGCCAGGAGUAUUUCCUGUGCCAGGUGUACGGGUUCCCCAUGAGCGUGUGCCUGGCGCACUCCAACAGCUGCCUCAACCCCAUCCUUUAUUGCCUAGUGCGCCGAGAGUUCCGCAAGGCGCUCAAGAACCUGCUGUGGCGCAUCGCGUCUCCCUCGCUCACCAGCAUGCGUCCCUUCACCGCCACUACCAAGCCAGAGCCCGAGGAUCAGGGGCUGCAGGCCCUGGCGCCGCUCCACGCAGCGGCAGAGCCAGACCUGCUCUACUACCCCCCCGGAGUUGUGGUCGACAGUGGGGGGCGCUACGACCUGCUGCCCAGCAGCUCUGCCUGCUAAGGGGGGCCGAGGCCGAGCGCGCUGUCAGGACAGGGUGGCCUUUUCCUGGGGGAGGGAAAGGGAA